GCUGGGAACACAGAAACUACAAACCACAAGCUUCCUUCUCCAGGGAUUUAUCCAGAAGUGUUUUUCUGGAAGAAAAGCUUUUCUACGACUUCAGCAGAAAACUCUUCAAGUCUGUUCUACGACUGGGGGUCCCUGUUCCUUCUGGAUUUCUUUGCCUACUUUAUAAUGAUAAAGCAGCCUGCCUGGGUUCGCUGCUGGAUUGCUGCUGAUGUUUCAAUUUCUUUUCUUUCGUGCUCACUACGUUUAGAGCUGAUAAUUUUAUACGCUGUAACAAGAGGAGAGACUUUUAUAUUUUAAAGGAAUUUUUCAGAAAUGUUUUUCGAUUCUUUCUAAAGUCUUUAGAUUACAUGCGGACACUUCGCUUUCAGACAUGCCUGCCCCAGGAGCUUUCUGUCUGCAAUAAUUUUCUCCCUUUGAUCUUGUUGGAUUCUCUUUUGAGUUGUGGAACUACACUCGCACCUACCUGCCUAGUGCGUCUAUGUGAGAGAGAUUUUUUUUUUUUUUUUAAGAACAGAUUGGUUUAAAAAACAAGACCAACAUCAUCAGACCCACACAGUUCUCUUAAGCUAUUGGAAAUAGCUUUUGUCUAGGAUUUAUAGAAACAUUUCCAUCUGUCUCAGCUCCUGUGGAUUCCAGCAGGCACACCGCGUAACAGGUUUGCAGACCUCUUUUUUUUUUUUUUUUAAAUCACUUUUUCUCUUCAUAGCGGAGUGAUCAGUGUAACGUUCGAUUUAGUUGCAAAUUUCCUCUGUAUCAAUUAGCCCAGUUAUGAAGACGCUUCGAUAUGUUUCAGGUGACCUUUGGGCAGACCAUGGAACUUUAUAUUUUAUUUUGUGGGGCCUUCAUUUAGGAUCUUAUUAAUAUGUGCUUGAAAGUGGUACUACUGGAACUCAAGUGCGUGCAGAAAUAUUUUGAAAGGAACAAGAUGUGCUGUAACUUUUUGCUUGGUAUCUGCACCUAAACUUUUAAAGUGUUUUGGAGCCUUUUUUAUUUUUCAUGGGAACUUAAAAAUAUGAAGAGAAGCUACUUACCCAACUAAUUGUCUUUGAGAACUGCAUCUGAAAAUGGAUUAUUAGGAGAAAACUAAAAUUGAGCUCCAAAUAUAAGUGAAGCAUUUCUGGCAGAGCAAGGAUGUAAGGAUUCAAGAAUAUUUGGAGGAGAACAACACCUUAGCAUGCUUUUUUUUCCUUUAAUAUAAAUUCAGGAAAUACCUCCUGCAUAAUUUUCAAGACGGAUACCAAUGACUGUAGUUAACAUUAAAAGUGAAGAGCUUGAGCUCACAUUGUGAAAAAGAUGACUUGCUGGCAAGAAGGUAAAAUUGUCUUUCAAGUACCUUUGAGAUGGAUGUUUUGAACCUGUUGAUCUUCCUAAACGUUGGACAGGAGAGGCAAGGUCAUCGCUUCUGUGGAGAAAUCUCCCUGUUCCUCAUCUCUGCAGAACUGAAGAAUUCUUAUUGCUACAUGGUAUUCCUGUAUAUCUGAACUGAUUUCUUGGUUGUGACCUGUUCAUUCUCUUUCACUGAUCUUUCUGGAUUUAUCUGCUGGAGGAGGAGGGACAUGUAAUUUAGGAAUUUUUUUUGUUGGUUUGUUUAAAAUAUGUUUUUGAGCUUCCAGAGGCCUUUGAGCACGUGGCACCGAGGAAGAGAAAUAGUGAUGGUGAGAAAUAGAAACAAAGUUCAGUAAGUAGUGUUGGCAGGAGAAAGCUGGAGGUAACUGGUCCCCUCUCUCCUCUUUCUCCUGGGUCCCAGUAACUGGAAUUGCACACUCUUAAACCUAACGAGCUUUGCCUACUGUUGGAACCUGCUGGCAGGGUGAGGACGCAUUCCUGAGCGGUAUGUGUGGCCGAAGCGCACUGCUGCAGCUGGUAGCAUGAGUGCUGGCCCCCAGCUGCAGCUGGCUGUCCUCUGGCCUUGGCUGCUAAUGGCUACCCUGCAGGUAGGACUUGGCCAUACAGGGCUGGCACUGGUAGCAGCAGUCGAGUCUGAGAGAUCAGCAGCACAGAAAGCUAUCAUUAGGGUGAUCCCCUUGAAAGUGGAGCCAAUCAUAUUGGAAGGAGAGUUCGCAAAUGUUGCUGAGGUUACUCCAGCUGAAGGAAAACUGCUUCAGUCCCACCCACUGUCCCUGUGCAACACCAGUGAGGAUGAACACACUGAAUCAGGAUUCAUCACCAUUGUCAAGCUUGAACAGCCGGAUCGAGAUCCCAACCCAUGCCUGUCGUUGGCUAACAAGGCAAAGCUGGCGGGGGAGCGUGGAGCCCGUGCUAUCCUUUUUGACAUUACCGAUGAUGAAAGUGCUGCUGAGCAGCUGAGAAAGCCCAGGGGUCUGAGUCAGCCUGUGGUUCUGAUCAGGGGCCACGAUGCUGAGCUUCUCAUGGGUGUCGUGAACAAGAACAGAGAGGCCCACGUGAAGAUAGAGGUCAAGGAACCACCAGCUUGGCCAGAUUAUGACGUGUGGAUUCUUCUCACAGUGGUCAGCACUGUCGUUGUCAUCAUUUUGAUUUUUGUUGUCCGCACAAAGUGCCAGCUGAACAGGACUCAGGACUCCUUACAGCAGCAGACCAUGCAGGCCAUUGGGCAACUAGCCACACGCAAGUACCAGGCCAGAUUCCGACAGGCAUCUCGCUGGGACUCAGCAAGCAGCUGUAGCUCAGCCCCAGUCUGUGCUAUUUGCCUGGAGGAGUUCAGCGAGGGUCAGGAACUGCGGAUCAUUUCGUGCUCACAUGAGUUUCACCGGGAGUGUGUUGACCCCUGGCUGCAGCAACACCACACUUGUCCACUUUGCAUGUUCAACAUUCUUGCCAGAGACUCUGUGGACCAGGCCACAGUUCCAGGUUCCAGGCUGACUCCUCAGGAUAUAGAGCCCGGACGACGGCUCCACCUUUUCCGCCAGCACCCAGGACAUGCCCUUUAUCACCUCCCACAUGCCUAUUCCCAGAGGAACCUCAGGAGCUUCCCCCCGGAGCCUGCUCACAGCAACCCCUUCUUCCGCUCUCCAGAGCUCUCCCAGCUGGAUUUCAGCACUAUUCACUACAUGCCUUACAGGCCAGCAAGCUCUCUGCCUGCCUGCAGCCAUCCUUCCCCCCUUGCCCCGGGCCAGCAGCUUCACAACCCCUCGGCAUGUGGACAGACACUGCCUUCCCACAGGACUUGCUCUCUUCAGCACCAGCCCCCGUGCCUGGGGCUCAAGGCAGCCCUGCCACAGAAGCAGCACCGUGCGCCCCUCCUGCGCCGGGGAGCUGGCCAUGGGCACCAGCACAACAGCAGCGGCUCUGGGGAGAGCUAUCUCACAGAGCACAGUGGGUACCUGGCAGAUGGGCCAGGCAGUGACUCCAGCUCUGGGCCCUGUCACGGUUCCUCCAGUGAUUCUAUGUUGAACUGCACAGAUGUCAGUCUCCAGGGCAUCCAUGGCAGCUGCUCCACUUUCCGCAGCUCCCUCAGCAGUGACUUUGACCCCUUUGUAUACUGUAGCUCAGAGGGACCUGCCACGGACAACGGCCAGGAGCAGCAGCGGCUGACAAAGGAGAUGCGGCCCAGGUCUUUGGACCUAAUGGUGCCCAAGAGCGCUGCUCCAGCCAAGUCCCAGAUACUCAGCCACGUCCACUACCACCACCACCAGCAUCAUCACUACAGAAGAGACGCAGAGUGCCCACCUGGGCGGGUUGGGCAGGGGCCUAGCCAGCGCAAGCCCCGGUACUCCGGGGCCAAGGUUGGCUUCCACAGUGCUCGAACACAAAAGAGGACUGAGAAAACCCAUCACUGUCUGCAGCCUCUUGAAAGUAGCACUGUGUCACCAGAGGCACCUCUGGCAGGACAGCCAGCCUGUCUCCAGCAAGGCCUUGAGCUCUCUGAUGCCCCUGCUGCUUCUCCAAACAGGUUGGACUUCAGUGUAGAUGCCAACAGACAAUCGGGAGCAGCUGGCACAUCCCACGUCCCACUGCCCCAGAGGCACAGCUUACACAGCCGUCAUCACAGAAGGAAAAGAAAGUGUCUCCUGGAGCCUGAUCCCGUUCACCUUCCCGAGGACUCAGACUUGCACAAAGCCUGUAAUGCUCACAUUCCUUAUGGCCACCCUGUUGGCGACAGCUGCUCGCCCGAAGUUCAGCCCCUGAUCCCAAAUGCUCCCCUGCCCUGUGGCUCAGGCUCUCGGCCCCUUUGGAAGUGUUUAGUCCCGCAGUCCAGCUCAGAGGUGAAAAAGCAGGAGGAUGGGUUGUCAGGACAGGAGGGAAACCACAUGGUUCCUGUUGAUUUCUCAGGGACAGGCACCCCCAGACACAGUCUGAGUUUUCACCUUCACUGCCAAUCUCAGCAACGUAGCCAGGGAUCUGAAGAGGAGGUCCAGGAUGUCUACGAACACUCAGUUUAAUAAAACACUGGCUCAUUUGCUUACUACAGAGAGCUGGAGUGGACAAAGAAGUUCAGAAUACCAGCAGUAGCGGAGCUCACAUCUUGCUCUCUGCACAGGCAAUGUAAUAAAUACAUGGCCCACACCAAGAUGCAAGCUGCAAAUAAGUAAUGUGAUACUCCCUUGUGGUGUCCCCACUUGUUUCCAUAUUGUUAUGGUCACACAAACACAAAGCCAUGUUUUCCAGGUCUCCCUCUCUUUUGAAGGCACAGACAGCCCAUCUUCAUCUAGCGGCCUCUGUUUGCAUGGGCUAGCUCACUUAAAGACCUGUGUUGGGAGUCAUCAGCUGGAGAGCUUAUAGAGUGAGUGCAGGCUGCUAUUUCAGCAUGUUCCUGCCACAGAAGGUUUUGCUAAACACUUCAAAAAUGAACAAGCCCUCAAGACCAAAAGCUGCAGAAAUGGCUUUCUGUGGCCUGGCAACUCCUGACUUCAUUUCCUCACUUAGGUCAAAAGCCAGACUUCUUCAUUUAGCUUUUCCACUCUUACUUCAGACGUAGGAACAAGCUAUCUCUGCACUCACAGGUCUGCCCUGCAGUGUGCUUCCUCUGACUUCAUUGGAAACCAACAGCACUCACCACUUUUUAAUCACUUCACUAUCUCUCAGCUGAAGCCAUCUUGUCCAUUUGCUGUGUUUUGCCAACAGUAGGAGAGAUGAAGAUACAGGGACAACGCUACCAUUUCCAGGCAAGAGCUUGGCGUCAGACUCCCUCCAUUGCUCAGAAUCCACCCUCUUGCCUGGUAACGUGAACAAGUUUCUCACUCAUCCUUUAACUCCUCCAUCUGCCCUCAAAACGGGUAUUAUGGCCAGCCCUGUUAUGAGCAACUCAGUUGUUAAGCGUGUUUCAAAUCUGAGAUAACCCCACCACAGGACUUGUGGAAAAUCCUUGAGUUCACAUGGCUCCUGCUUCUCCCCUUCCUCCCUCAUUGCCCAAAGACACAGCAAAAAUUCCCAGCAAAAGCAUCCAUAGCAAAUGCAGAGCAGUGAGCCAUCUGUCACUCAGCCCCAUCUUCAUAUUUAUAUGAGACACUUUUAAAAUGAUCCUGCAAAUGAAUUUCUCAAAAUACUUUUCUGCCUUAUCUAGCAUUUUUUAUGAUGGAGAGAGAAAGCUUGAGAAAUUUCUAGGCUCUGGGUUUAUUCACUUUUUUUCCUGCUUGCUUUUUAUCUUUGGGGUGUCACUAGUUCUGAUUUCCCAUGUCUCAUAAUUUGGGAACAUUCAACUGAAAUAAAGACUGGGAAAUUCAAAGUAUAUAAAACCCAAACAGCUUUCAUACUGCAGGGAAUUAGACUGUGGAGGUCAUUGCCCAAAAGGCUAAUUCACGCCAAAGAAUUAGCCAGAUCACCGUGUGGAGUGCACAUUUACGUGGCUACCAAGACUAUGCAGAGUUAAUGCUAAUGAAAUACUUGCAAGGAUACUACAUUAGAGCUGAAGGUAAUUUCUGACAAUUUGAAACCCGGUGUGGGGACAGACUAUCCUCCAUCUGCUCUGUGACAGGCUUUUUAUAUCAGGCUUUGAAAUAUCUGUUUCUUCCCCAGUUUGAGAGAGGACAUUGGUUAGGUGGUCCCAGGUCAGAUUAGUCCUGCUUCUGCCUUCCUUUGUGUUUGAUAAAGGCUCUUUACAGAGUAGGUUUGCUGCCCUUAAUCUUUAAAAAAGGCAUCUUUGUCUCAAUUGCCCAUCAGUCACUAACAUUCAUCUGCUGUUAUCAAAAGUCAACUGAUAACACAGUUUUAAACAAAACAUUAUUCCCUCCCAAUGGUCAUUUUCUUGUCUCCUGUGAUUGAGCCACUGCAGGACCUUUCAGCCUAGAGAAGAGCUGAAUUUCCAACAUGAAAGAAUCAUGCAUAUCAUAUUUUAACUCUUGCAGGGUUGUCUUCUCUGUCAUACAGAGCAAGCAGAAAACACAAGCCCAGAUGUUUUCUCCCUUACAGGAAAGUCACUCUUAAAGUAGAGGAAAAAAACAGGAGCUCAACCUAGAUUCCCCCAGUUCAACAUCUUGUGCAUGUGGCAUAUGGAUAGCCUUAACCAGCUUCCUACAAUGCUUCAGGCUUGACCAUCCUGGAGGGCUCAAACGACUUUAGAGAGGGGAGGGUUGUGAAGUCAGGGUGCUCUCUGGUCUCUCAUGGUUUCACAAGGUGUUGGCAUCCAGCCAAGAAUCACUGUGUUCCCACUGGUUUCUUUAGGAGUCAAGAAGGCUGAGAGCCUCCAGGGAUGCAUUUCAGUGCCUCAAAGGAACUAGCAGUUCCUUUGUUUGCAGUCUAAAAGGACUCCUCUCUUUCACUGCUUAUACUUUAAAAAAGGAGUAUUUGUAUUUGCAGCAAGCCCCAAGCUUCUUGGAGUCAGCGGUCAGUAAUAAAGAACCCUUUCCACUCCCUACUGCAGUAUUACUGGGCUGUGCAGGGCAAUGCCCACUUUAAAGUGUUUUCAUUUUCUGAUUUUAUGCUGCUGCUACUUUUCAUUCAGAAAAUGGACAUCCUAGAUGCUGAGUCCCCUCCCUGGGGUUUGCUCAGCUGAAUGGGAGUUUGCAGGUUUGUCUAGGUGGUUUCGCAGAUGGGAAGAGAGGGAGGAGCUGGUUUUUUUUUUUUAAAUCCUCUUCAGUAGAUGGUCUACAAUUCUUGGCCACCUAGAAGGGAAGCGAAGAAGCAGUACCU